CAGAAUGUCUACUGUCUUCACAGACAGUAUUCAUGUUGGGGUUUUGCUUUUGACUCUUGUUUUCCUUCCAUCAGAGUUAAAAAUAAAAGGUAGGCAGUGAGAGAUGUCGUCACCACGCCCGAAAUCUCCUCGGACUCCCGUUUUGCCUAAAAAGGAAGAUAAAGAAGAAUCAUUUUGGGACAAAAUCGGCACCAUAGGACGUAAGAAGCGCAUAAAAGAAGUGCAAGAUGUACAGGCUGAGGGAAAGUAUGCAAUUGAUUCUCCGGGCAGCCCAACUGCUCCAGAGAUACCACCUGAAGAAUACAGUCUACAUGACAAUGAAGAAAGAGCUAUAAUUGAGCCAAGGUCACUUGAAGACCCAAGAGUCAAAGAACUUAUCCAAGUACUUAUUGAUUGGAUCAAUGAUGAGCUUGCCACCCAGAGAAUUAUCGUCAAGGAUAUUAGUGAAGAUUUAUAUGAUGGUCAAGUACUUCAAAAACUCCUGGAGAUGUUGACAAAAACAAAACUGGAUGUGCCUGAGGUAACACAGUCUGAAGAGGGACAGAGGCAGAAGUUGGCAGUGGUACUCAGAGCAGUAAAUCGGGUUUUGUAUGGGACGGCCAAACCUGUGCCAAAAUGGAGUGUGGAUUCCAUUCACUCAAAGAAUGUUGUAUCCAUCUUGCAUUUACUUGUUGCUCUGGCUCGUCACUACCGAGCUCCAGUGCGUCUGCCUGAAAAUGUUAGUGUCAAUGUUGUUGUGGUUAAGAAGGACACACCUAACCAAUUAUCUCACAGAACAUUUGUUGAAACUAUUACAACAACUUAUGAUGACCUGGGCAUGAAAUGUGAAAGAGACGCAUUUGACGCUCUGUUUGAUCAUGCACCUGACAAGCUGCAGGUGGUGAAGAAGUCACUGAUAACUUUUGUAAACAAACACUUGAGCAAAGUUAACCUUGAAGUGAUGGACUUGGACACCCAAUUUCAUGAUGGUGUAUACCUGUGCCUUCUGAUGGGGCUGCUUGAAGGAUUUUUCGUGCCUUUGUAUGAUUUCCACCUGAUUCCAGAAGACUUUGACCAGAAAGUCCAUAAUGUCUCCUUUGCCUUUGAACUGAUGCAAGAUGUUGGACUUGCCAAACCAAAAGCCAGGCCUGAAGAUAUUGUGAAUCUCGACCUCAAAUCGACUCUUCGGGUGCUGUACAACCUGUUCACAAAGUACAAGAGUCUAGCCUGAAAACAAUCACAUUUGACUAUUAUACAUUUUAUUAACAAUUCGUGUUCGUGCCUGAUUAUAGAUUAAUAACUUUAUUAAUGAUAGAAUGUUAUCAACGGUGCUUUAUCUGAACUAAGUAUCUUAACUAAGUAUAGAGAAAUAAAUUAAUUUACUAACA